UGCGCCCGACGCAAAUGCGCGCGCCUAACUGAAGCGCGCUCUCCGAAUCCGCCCUAUUUCCCUGAAAAAAUUCAAAUAUAGAACACAGUGUUUUAUCCCAUCAAUAGUGCAACAGUGUUGUGUGCUCGCAAUAGUGACGUUCCAAGCUUGCGAAUAGCUGCUAUUUACGACUUUCACUUCAGAUUUUUGCAAGCGCUUAGGUCCUUUCGAAACGGUGACGGGGGGAGAAAUGGUGUCACGGCGGCGUAUACUUUCGCGGUCUCGCGAUGACCUCACUCAGGCUAUAUCCACUCAGUUGGAAGAAGAAGAAGACGUAUGGUAUCAGAAAGACAAGCUUUACAAGGAACACAUACAGGAAGUGCUAGACAAAUGGACGCAGAUAGACGACGAGAUCUGGGCAAAGGUUAUAGUUUUCGAAAAGAACCGGCGGGUGGCGAAAGCGUACGCACGUGCGCCUGUACUCACUAUCAACGGUUCAGACGACGGAUUCGACGGAAUGAGAAUUGGCCUUUGCGGAUUCGACAACCCACACAGAGAUCCAAAAACAGAAGAACUGAAAAAACACAUAGGACAGGGUGUCAAAAUAAAAAUGGACGACGCCGGGAAUAUACUCAUCAGACGCUACUCCAAGAGUAGCGUGAUCGUGAAGAGUACCGCCGCUACCAGCACUGAAGAGACGGCGAUAGGACAGGACAUCACCAAACUACCGGGAUACGGGCUGGAACAAGAGAAAAUAUUUAAGUUAUUCGACAUGAAGAAAUUCCAAUCCAACGUGAACCGAGAGCUGCGCCGAGCGUACCCCGACCGCAGAAGACUUGAAACGCAGUGCUUGAGUGCGAUCGCCUUUGUGAAGUCGGACAACGAGCUACUAGAAUGCCCUAUCUGGGUCCUAAUCAUUAAUGUUGUUGCCAUGGACAUGCUGAAAUCGAAGUUGCCUCCGGUUCAAAGACCAAUGGAUAUCAAGAACAGACCUCGCAUCCCGAUACCCGAUGAGGAUCCUUACAGUAUCGCCAGUUCAAAUGCCAACGGCUCUGGGUCAAGCGGCAGUUCUGGAGGAUAUGGUCACAACGGCCACAACGGCCACAACGGUCUCAAUGGCCACGGGGUUGUAGCGGCGACGAGAGAACAACUGAUGAUGCAGAUGGGACAAAGGAGAGGUGACAAGCCUCCGAAACUGCCACCAAGGGAAAAUGGUUAUGGCCCAGCUGAUAUUCCCAAGCCGGAUUACGAUGACAUUGAGAGCGACCGCGUUCCUACACAGUUCCCGAGGGGAAAAUCCGACAAAGGCAAAGACAAUAAGAAAUAUGAUGAUCCGUACUACUGCGGCCUGCGCGCCCGCGUGCCCAACUUCGUGAAAGCCAACGGCAAGCACGUUCUGCCAGCGAUGACCGAACGCCUAACCCUCAAAGAGACGCCGGUCCCCAGCAAGCGCUACAGUGUGGCCCACGCACAUCCCGGCCCCUUCCCUGGUCACUUGCCGCCAUUCGCCCACGCCCCCAUGCCCCAAUCAGCACUUUGGCACGCACGCUCCUACGAGAGCGGAAUCGAUGGAGAUCACUACGACCCAUACGCACUGUACGGCCGUCUGCCGAUGCCUGGACGUGGUUUCCCCCCGCCCCCCGCACCCAACGCGCGCCAUAUGUUCAUCGGAGAAUGGGAUUAACCACCGUAUCCCCAUAACAUAAGGAACAUAUUAGCUUAUAUUGAUAACAUCACUUCGAUGCAACUUGCAAGAUUUCACCUAUGAAAUUUUGAACUUGAAGUGAUUGUAUCAAUGCUGACGACAUGUAAAUACGAUAUUGUAAAUUAUGCUUAUUAUAAUUUACCAUAUAAU